CCGCCUCAAUCUUCCUUCCCCUUCCGCCGCGCUCCUUUUCCCUCGCACCACUCCACCCCCCUCAUUCCCCCCCUACACCGCGACGGCCGACGAGGUCUCGGGCUCCCCGAAGCUUCCACAACAAUGGCGAGGCUACUCGUCCUCCGCUCGGCGCCGUACCACCGCUCCCACCUCUCCGCCACCGCCACGUUCCUCCUUUCCCCCUCCAACUCCAAGCACCCACACUCCGCCUCCGCCUCCGCCUCAUUCCCCUCCACCGCGCGCCGAAUCCUACUCCCGUCGCCUCUCCGCGUCCCGGCCCGCGCCAUCGAGUCCUCCCCCGGCACCACAAAGCAGGAGCCGACUCCGGCUGCCGGUGAGGGUGAGGCCCAGGAGCCGCCGCCCCCCGCUGCGUCGGCGUUCGAGGUGGAGGAGCUCGGGUGGGGGACCCAGCUCGCCGUGAAGCUACGCAUGCUCGUGGCCCCGCCAUGGAAGCGCGUCCGCAAGGGCAGCGUCCUUAACAUGAAGCUUCGGGGCGAGAUAUCCGAUCAGUUGAAGACACGCUUCUCUUCCGGGCUGUCAUUGCCACAAAUCUGCGAGAAUUUUGUUAAAGCUGCAUAUGACCCGCGAAUAUCGGGGAUCUAUCUGCACAUAGAGCCUCUGAGAUGUGGGUGGGGGAAGGUGGAUGAGAUCAGAAGACACAUUGUCGAUUUCAAGAAGUCCGGUAAAUUUGUUGUUGGUUAUAUGCCUGUGUGUGGGGAGAAAGAGUACUACCUUGCUUGUGCGUGUGGUGAGCUGUAUGCACCGCCAAGUGCUUAUGUUGCUUUGUUUGGUCUAACUGUUCAGCAAACAUUUCUCAGAGGUGUUCUUGAGAAAGUCGGGAUAGAACCAGAAAUUCAGCGAAUUGGUCGUUACAAAAGUGCGGGAGACCAACUUGCACGGAAGAGCAUGUCAAAUGAGGUUAGGGAGAUGCUAGCCACACUGCUCGACAAUAUUUAUGGAAACUGGCUGGAUACAAUAUCUUCCAAACAUGGGAAGAAAAAAGAAGAAAUCGAGGAAUUCAUUAAUUCAGGAGUCUAUCAGGUUGCCAGACUUAAGGAAGAAGGUUGGAUAACAGAUUUACUUUAUGAUGAUGAGGUCAUGGCAAUGUUGAAGGAGAGAGUAGCACAGAAAGACAAGAAAAGUCUGCGUAUGGUUGAUUACAGUAAAUAUUCACGUGUAAGUAAAUGGACUCUUGGGUUACAAGGAGGGGGUGAACAAAUUGCAGUGAUCAGAGCAUCUGGAAGCAUAACACGUACUCGCAGCCCAUUGAGUGUUCCUAGUUCAGGCAUCAUUGCUGAGCAGUUGAUCGAGAAGAUACGUACUGUUAGAGAGUCAGAAAAGUAUAAAGCUGUUAUCCUCCGUAUAGACAGCCCUGGUGGUGAUGCUCUUGCUUCUGAUCUGAUGUGGCGGGAAAUUCGACUCCUAGCUGACACCAAGCCUGUGGUUGCUUCAAUGUCUGAUGUUGCUGCAAGUGGUGGGUACUACAUGGCAAUGGCUGCACCGGUCAUUGUUGCUGAAAAACUCACGCUAACAGGAUCAAUUGGAGUUGUAACAGGGAAGUUCAUCCUGCAAAAGCUAUAUGAGCGGAUUGACUUCAAUAAAGAAAUUAUAUCUAAGGGUAGAUAUGCAGAGCUUAAUGCUGCUGAUCAACGCCCUUUAAGACCAGAUGAGGCAGAACUUUUUGAAAAGUCAGCACAAAAUGCUUAUGCAUUGUUUCGAGAUAAAGCAGCCAUGUCACGCUCAAUGAAUGUUGAUCAGAUGGAGACUGUUGCACAAGGUCGGGUGUGGAGUGGCCAAGAUGCAGCUUCAAGAGGAUUGGUUGAUUCACUGGGUGGAUUCUCACAAGCUCUUGCUAUUGCAAAACAGAAAGCCAAUAUACCCCAUGAUAGGAAGGUCCAGCUAGUUGAGAUCUCAAAGCCCUCACCAACAUUACCAGAGAUCUUGUCAGGAAUUGGCAGUUCAUUGCUUGGAGUUGACAGGGCAGUGAAGGGAGUGCUCCAGGAUGUCACUUCCCUAAAUGGAGUCCAAGCUAGAAUGGAUGGAAUAUUGUUUGAAAGAUUGGAAGAUUUGUCUGGAGAAAAUCAACUCUUAUUGCUCGUAAAAGAUAUUGUUAAUUAUUUUGAUUGAUUCCACCAGUCAGUACCCUAUGUUUUACAAACAGUUAUACAUAGAAGAAGAAAAUGUCAACAUGUCAAUAAUAAUUCACCUUACCUAGAGGCUAGAAGCAGGUAGACUUGGGAUCCGUUCAGUACUUUUGGCACUGUAUAUUCUAUUUUGUUCUUUUCAUACUGCUGCCUAUGGAAAUGUUGUACAUGCCUUACUGAAAAUUCAAGCGAUCUUGAUUUUCUAGUUCGCUUGAACUGGAACCCAAUAGAUCACA